UUUCGGUCACUCCUAGUCAAAAAAAAGUUUCGUCGAAACUUUCUUAUUUUCGUUAAAUAUUUUCGUUAUUUUCUUCAAAGAAAACUAUAGUAAACAAACGACGAAAAACAUACUAAAAAAUUUGUUUAAAAGUAAUUAUGAACACUUUCUUUCCUUUAUUUUUUCUAAAAACAAUGAUAAUAUUUUCCAUUAUUCUGGUAAGUGGAAAUGGCUAAGCUGGGAUGUAUAAGGGACUAGUGCACCUAGAGUGCUUUGGUUAUCCUCCUCUUCUAGUAGUCUGGUUACCUUCAAUGAGAAAAAUAAUAUCUCAAGCUAUGUCGCAGACUUCUGUAUGUGGGGCCCGUCCCUUUGGUGGUGGGUCUCAUGUCUUAUUAUCAAUGUGACAGUACCUCUGCACGAGUUUGAUCACUCACGAUAUACGUUAAUGUCAGUUGAUAGUAGGCAUGGGGGCUUGAAUUUGUCUUUUCCGCAAAGCUUACUUAGAGUACUCGAGUCUUCUAACCCAUUUUACUAUUUUUUAUAU